CUCGAAGCCACCUCUGUGUCCGCUUCAGUUCUUAAACCCUAAUUUCACAACAACCCCUAAUCUCUUCAUCCGCUGCUUCAAUGGCGUCUUUUGAGCGUUUCGAAGACAUGUAUGACUCAAGAUUGAAACCCAAGAUUCUCAGAAACCUUCUCUCCGAAUAUGUUCCAAACGAGAAGCAGCCUCUGACCAACUUUUUAGUACUCUCCAAGGUUGUAUCCACUAUAUCCACCCACAAGCUCUUAUCUGAGCCGCCUCUAGCUUCAAUUGACCAGAGUCAUCAUGUUAAAUCGAAAUCAGCCGUUGAUGAUUGGGUUAAUAGACUAUUGGCUUUGGUUUCUUCAGAUAUGCCAGAUAAAUGCUGGGUAGGUACUUGUUUGAUGGGAGUGACCUGUCAAGAAUGCAGCUCAGAUCGUUUCAUUAGCUCCUACUCUGUUUGGUUUAACAGUUUAUUAUCACAUCUUAAGAAUCCAGCAAGUUCUAGAAUCGUCCAAGUGGCUUCAUGUACCUCAAUCUCUGAUCUCCUUACAAGGCUGUCUAGAUUUUCGAAUACAAAGAAAGAUGCAGUUUCACACGCUGUGAAAGUAAUCCUACCUAUCAUUAAACUAUUGGAAGAAGAUUCUUCAGAAGCACUAUGGGAAGGCAUUGUCCAUCUGCUAAGUACAGUUGUAAUCUUGUUUCCUGCUGCCUUCCACAGUAAUUAUGACAAGGUUGAAGCCGCUAUUGCCUCCAAAAUAUUUUGUGCGAAAACCAGUUCUAAUAUGUUAAAGAAAUUCGCCCACUUGCUAGCAUUGCUCCCCAAAGUUAAAGGAACCGAGGACAGCUGGUCCUUGAUGAUGCAAAAGUUAUUGAUAUCUAUAAACGUACAUUUAAAUAAUUUUUUCCAAGGUCUAGAAGAAGAAACAAAAGGAACAAAAGCAAUCCAAAAAUUGACUCCUCCUGGAAAAGACUCUCCUUUGCCCUUGGGAGGUCAAAAUGGGGGUUUGGAUGAUGCAACGUGGAACUCUGAACAAUUGAUUGUAUCCAGAGUUUCUGCACUUAUGCUCUGCAGUUCUACGAUGUUAACUAGCUCGUACAAAUCCAAGGUUAAUAUUCCAGUUGGCUCAUUAUUAUCUCUUGUUGAGCGAGUGCUAGCGGUGAAUGGCUCUCUACCUCGAGCCAUGUCACCCUUCAUGACAGGGAUCCAGCAAGAAUUGGUUUGUGCAGAACUUCCAACUUUGCAUUCGUCUGCUCUGGAACUCUUGCGUGCUACUAUAAAGAGUAUCCGCAGCCAAAUUUUACCAUAUGCUGCAUCUGUGGUGAGACUUGUUAGUAGUUACUUCAGGAAAUGUUCAUGGCCAGAAUUGAGGAUAAAGCUCUACUCAAUCACUACGACCUUGCUCAAAUCCAUGGGUACAGGAAUGGCAAUGCAACUAGCACAUGAAGUUGUCACUAAUGCCUCUGCGGAUCUAGACCCAAGAAGUGUAGAAGGAUUUGAUGCGGUAUCUAGCAAAAACAUGUCGCUUACUAACGGAGCUGUUCUUCAGGCAUGCAGUAAAAAAAGGAAGCAUUCAACUAAUUCAGGAGUCGAGGCAGAGAAUUCUGCUUUUGAAGUGGGAGUUCCUCACAAUCACUCCAGUAGCCCAAUUACAUUGAAGAUUGCAUCUCUUGAGGCACUGGAAACUCUUCUGACCAUUGGUGGUGCAUUGGGAUCAGAUAGCUGGAGAGAACGUGUUGAUAAUUUUCUAAUGACGACAGCAACAAGUGCUUGUGAAGGGAGAUGGGCCAAUACUGAAACUUACCAUUGUUUACCCAAUAAGUCGACUACAGAUCUAGAUGAGUUUCAGCUUGCAGCACUUCGUGCCUUUUUGGCAUCUCUCGUUUCUCCAUCACGAGUACGCCCUGCAUUUUUAGCUGAAGGGCUUGAGCUUUUCCGAACAGGUAAACUGCAGGCUGGAAUGAAAGUUGCCGGAUUCUGUGCUCAAGCUCUCAUGUCCCUUGAAGUUGUCAUACAUCCGAGGGCACUUCCACUUGACGGUCUCCCAUCACUUAGCAACUUGUUUCCAGAAAGCAAUUCCCUUGCCAGCCAAAACCACAACACACCUAAUCCGAAUAAGUUGAAUGGUAUUGCUCAUGAUGGUGAUGAUCUAUGCAACAGAUGGCUGGCAAAUGCGGACGUUCCUUCUAACAACGCAAUUCAGAGAACCUUAGAGACGACUUUACCUUUCCAAGAGACUAAAAGAUUGAAAGUUGGGAAUGAUUUAGCUACUGUCACAUCGACUUUACCUUUCCAAGAGACUAAAAGAAUGAAAGUUGGGAAUGAUUUAGCUACUGUCACAUCUCUGGGUGUCCAAGAUCCUACUGAUGUGGUUGCAUCAGAGAAUGUUCAACAAGCUGAUGUGCCUGUGACGGUUCCUGAGGGAUCUCUUGGACAGAUUUCAGACAAAGAUGCUAUGGCUCCCCAAGACGGUUAUGGAGAAGUAGUGAGUGGGACUCAGGAGGGAGAUGAUUAUGUGGUUAAGGAUAGUCUGAUGGAGGAAGCAUCAAUUGGUAAGAGAGAAUCAUUAGAUGAAUCUGAUGAUGAUUUUAUUCCUAGUCUUAAGGACGAUGACUUUCUCUCUGAUUCUGAUGCUGAAUCUUAGUGCAAGACAAACAAAUCCAUCUGUUUUUUACAGAAUCUCUUUUGUUUCUCAAAUUAAAGUUUUGAUCAUGAUUAUACAUACCCUCUUUUUCAAGAUGUUGAAUUGAAAAAGGCCCCUAUUAUGAUG